AUGUCGACACAACGCGAGCGUAUCGCAAUCUUCCUAGAGUGUAACGCGUCUCAGAGUAACACGAGUACACACAUGGCAUGGAUCGACUUAGGCCACUGUGGCUCCACAAGUCCAGAUUGGAGUCCAAAUGCCAUGCGUGCCGAUCGACCAGAUAAUGACGACGGUAGACCGACACUGAGCACUGUUUUCACUCCAAAGAUCGAGGUUCUAAGCGUUGGACCGUCUAGCGCCCUUGGGCAUUACCAAUGCAGCCAACACGCUAGUUGGCCACCGUACUCGCACACUCAAGGUCGCGGUACACAGCCAAGCGGUUCAAGUCUGUGCUACAUCGCAUCCACAGAUUCGUUGGCCAGCUGUGUAGGGCGCCGUGUAGGCUCGCGAGAGCUCUCAGCGAUAAGUUCGCACGCGGCCGCGGCGCUGCACACCGUAGACAUGGCUAUAUUGUGCUCGUUCGUGGCAAUGCGGCUCCAGGUGCAGCUCCGAGCGCCGUUGUCGGAGUUCCGGGUCUGCGCUCGCAUGGCAACGCCCUCAGCUUAG